AAAGAAAGUGUAGCAAUACAAAGAAAACAUAAAACGAGAACAACAAAAGUAACUACAACAACAACAAUACCAGCAGAAAGUACGCACAGGAAGCAAGCUAAAAGCCAAAGCGUCAACAACAGCAACAACAACAGAAACAACAACAACAGGAACAACAACGCAAAACGCAUACAAAUGUCAGCGAUAAUAGCGACCUGCGCUGGCAGCGCUGCCAGGAGGGACAGCCGCCACUGUGUUUGUGACGUCAGCGCGCUGCUGGCUGCUGCUUAAGCUCUCAACGUCCCAGCGUCCAUUGACAUUUCAAUUUAAAUAACACGAUAAAACAGCAACAGCAAUAACAACAACAACAACAACAACAACAACUAGUGCAGCGUCGAUUUAACAACACGAACAACUAAAACCGCACCAUGGAGGAUGUUGGCGCUGCAACUUCGGCCACAAAGAAGAGCUCCACCACCCUGUCCGUGGAUCGUGCCGCAUUUCUCCUGCUGCGCGUGAAAAAGGCGUUCAAGAAGAAACGACAGCAGCGCAAGGACCGACAGGCCCAGCAGCAGAACGCCGGCGGCAGCGGCGUGGCCAGCUGCGUUGGGGGCAGCGGCCAACAAUCACGCAGCGGCAGCCGUAAAUUGCCGCCGCCAUUGUUACGAUCGCGCACCCUGCCCGCCAUCAUUGUGCCAGGACUUCCGGUUGUCUCGCUGCACACGGAUAAACAAACAUUUCAUUUGGACUGCAAAAGCCGCAGCGGCAGCGCCAGUGGCCAUCGCUGGUCUCUGCUUACACGGGGCGCGGUUGGCGCUGGCAGCAGCAGCAGCAGCCACAACAACAACAACACCAAUUUGACCAACAACAACAACAACACACUCAUGGUGAAAUCAUUGAAUUUGCCAAAGGAUGAUUGCACGCUGAUUUACCGUCGCAAAUCGUCGGGCAGCUCGCCGCACGCACAUGCCGCACACGCAGCGAUGCAACAGCAUGUGGCACAGCAACAUUUGCAUCUGUAUCAGCAACAUGUUGCCGAUAGUUCAAUGUAUCAGCUGUCGGAUGAUUUCGAGUGCCAUGCGGAUGGUUCGCUUCUGCUCAGAAUACCCGCGCCGCAUCCCGUGGCGCCGUCCCGCGGCUAUUCACAUCGACUGGGAGGCAAAAAACGUGCCACCGCAUGCUCGGAGGCAACAACACCGCUGUCCAGGGAGCACCAGCAUCCGCACCAGCAACUGCACGACUUUGCCAUGGCGGAGAGCAGCGGCGGCUCGGGUGGCGGGCAUACGACCUUCACGCGGCUGGCCAAAUUGCUGCAUCAAUCAAGAUCCAAUCUGCUGCCUCCACCGCCGAUGUUGCACGGCGACAAUUUCUUUAUGGAGGCGCCACAGGGCAAUAGGAAUACGGAGCUGGGCCUGGGCGAGGAGGCGCCGCGUCGUUUGUCCUGGGAAAGGCGCAAGGACAGCAGCGCGUUGCAGCGCUCGGCCAGCAUUGAUUCCUUUGCGGAGAUUGUGUUUAGCGACCUGCCACGCCCCACUCUGGCCGUCCCAUGCAAUGUGGCAGCGUCAGCAGCAGCAGCAGCAGCAGCGCCCACACCGUUCAGCAAACGGCCCUCGGCCAGCAGCUUGUAUUCCACGUGCAGCAGCAUUGCCGCCGCAACAGCCGCCUCCGGGCAAAUGCACGCCCAGCUGAAUGUCAAUUACGGCGACCUGGCGGCACAUCCUCAGCCCGGCAAUUGCAGCAGCAGCAGCAGCGCCGCCAACAGCCGUCGCGAGAGCAUGCUGAGUCCGUCCUCAACGCGACGCAACAAGCUGACCAGAAUCAUUAAUGCUCUCUUCUCCGCCGUGGAGCACGGACAUCUGGAUAAGGCUCGCACCAUACUCGAAUCCACCGACGUGGAUGUCAACAGCAUCAAUACGGAUGGACUCUCAGCGCUGGAUGUGGCUGUGCUGAGCAACAAUCGCUCCAUGACCAAAAUGCUGCUGCAGCAUGGCGCCCUGGAGGGUACCCAAUUUUCCGUGGACAGCAUUGGCACCAAGCUGAACGGCCUGCUCAAGGACGCCGAGUCACGCAUACACGAUCUCAGCGGACCGGAUGGACUGUGUGCGCCCGUCUUUACAUCGCGACCCUCCAUAUCCAGCAUUAUAAUUGGCAAUACGGGCUCCUCGGUCACCGGCUGCACGGGCAACGAGGUGGACAAACAGAUUGGCAUUUGGGAGCGACGCGUCAAGGGACUGCGCCGUAUGCUUCUUGGUUGGGACCAGGCGCGACCCCCAGAUGCACCCGCCUCUGUUGUAGUCGAUGUAACCGGCGACAAUUCCAUCAGCUUGCAAAUACUCGAACCCUUUGAGGGCGCCAUCGGCACCAAAUUCAAAGUUCAAUGGUCAACACGCGCCGACUUCAACAAUGUGGUCGGCGAGCGGGAACUGCUCGAGUGGAUUAGUUUCCAUGGCACCAUGGGCGCCCAGUGCCACAUAGCUGGCCUCACUCAGGGCCGCCGCUACUUCCUGCGCGCCGCCUGCGGCAAUGUCAAGGGUUGGGGCGCCUAUCGCAACUCGGUGCCCGCCAGCGUUGUGCCCUCAACCUGGCGUGACUUGGAUAAUCGGGAGGAUCGUUUCUAUGGCCGCCAAUGCAUAUUGGACAAUCUGUUUACGGCCGUACGUUUAGCUCGACCCGCAGAUGUUUCAGAGCUAACGCUCGAUCCGUGCAGCGUGCAGCGUCGCAAUCCGAAGAAAAAGACAACCAUCAAGCAGCUUUUUUCGGUCACCUCCAAGUUCCAAAAGACGUUGCGACGCGGCAUCUACUUCUCGUGCAUUGUGCACUGCGAUGACAAGGUGCUGGUCACCAGCGAGGACUUUCCGCCUGUCAUUGAGAUCGAUGAAUCAUAUCCGAGUGCAUUGCACAUGGACUACUAUUGGCUAAUGAAGGUUGCCUGCACUUGGGAAGAUGUGAAAUCGUUGCGCACAGACAUGGAACGGAAUCUGACCUCGCCAGUACACUUUCGCACCAAACUCCUGUCGGCCGUCUGCCAGAUGCAGUCGGCGCUGGGCAUCAACGAUCUUGGCCAGCUCUAUUAUAAACCCCUCCGAGAUGCACAGGGCACCGUGGUGCUCACCUGCAUUCAAUCGGUGAAGAGCCAGAAGGCUGUCUCCAUCAUCAAUUCACGCUGGCUGCCGGUCAGCAAGCUCCAGAAGAAGCUGGGUGCCCUGCACGAGGAUUACACCAUCAACGAACUGCUCAUCUCGAGCAUUGGCGAACAGCUGCACUAUCAACAGGCAGCGCUCCAGCGACUAGAGCCGGGUCUCUAUUUGGGCUAUCUGAAGAUGCAGUGCUCCAUGGAUCAGAUACAGGUGGUUGUGCCGGUAAAGACACCCAAUGUGCUACCCCACUGUAAGGUGCGUGAGAACAGCCACAUUACGGCCGAGGAGUGGCAGGUGCUGCAUCGCACCGAGAACAAUCCGCUGCGACUGCCGCUCGACUUCAGUACACCAGGCGAUGGCAAUGGCAACAGUCCGGCAACCGAGGUGCAGCGUCUUUUCCUACACGAUCUCAGCAAUGCGAUGCACAAGCUGUUGGCCAGCAUGAGCAUCAAGGCAGCAGAUGCGGUCACGCAUCGCCUCUACGAUGUGGAGGUCAUAGAGCAUAGUCGCGAUAUAAGUUUCCUAAUAGUGUGCCCCUCGGUGGAGUCAUCAUGUGCCGUGCCCGGCCAGUCCGAGCUGCUGCUGCAGCGUGACGAUCUGGUCAGCCUGAGCAUACAGGCCUUCGAGAUGAUCCAUCUGCGCACCUAUCAGCCGGCCAUUGUGCAGAAAUAUGCACGACUCUCCUGUAUCCUGGAACUGGACACGGCGCUGGCCACGCACUCGCAUCGCGAGGCCUUUUCUAGCAGCGAACUGCAAGCCGCCAAGGAGCGUCUGGCCACACUGCAGGAACUGAGCACCAAUCUGACGCUGGUGUGGAAGAGCGUUCGCUGGCUAAUGGAUGUGGUGGCCUAUGCGCGUAAUAAGCAUGCCCAGCCGGCGCUGGCCAUGCGCGAAAUACUCGACUUUGCCCAGCUACGACACGAGGAAGGCGACGGCAAGCAGCUGCUACAGUUACCGCUGCGCGAGACCAGGUUCAGCAAGACAGGUCGCGGCAGCUGGCCCGGUCCGGGUUCCAACGAGGAUUGUAACAGGCAAAACAAGCCGGAACAUUCCAAAUCUGAAACGAAUUUGGGUCAGAGCGCCCAAACGCCAACGUCAGCGCAGGCCACGCUUCAAGACGAACGCGACAAGCAGCCGCAGCAGCAGCAACAACAACAGCAGCAGCAGCAGCAGCAGUUGCUCCAGGUGACGAGCAGUGAGUACGCCGCCUCCACUUGCUCGGAUGUCUCGCUGCGCAAGAACAGCGGCGACUCCGUGAGCUCCGCUUACACUGCGCGCAGCUUUUACUCUGCUGCGGACUCCGCCUCCGAUGGCAGCAGCAGCGUCUUUGCGCUGCCGCCCUCCCGUUCCGAUGACACGCUGGCGGAUGCACUGCGUCAUUCUCAGGCAGCAGCCGCCGCGCAGCGCAAACGCACCAGUUCCAACAUUGGACCCAUUUCCACGCCGCUUAUCACCGUGCACAGCUCCAGCUCGGCUCCUUAUCUGGCUGGCUCCAGUGUCUCGUUGCGCACGGGCAGUGGCGCCUUCGCCACGGAUCUGGAGCACAAGCCGCUGAAGCCUGCAGCGGAGUACAGGAUGAAGGCUGCCUCCAGCGCCAAUUUGCGCGAGGGCGGACUCUAUUUGAAGAGCUCACUGUCGGCACUGCAGCCGGAGCUGAGGCCGCUGGGCAGUAGCGAAGAGCCCGUGGCCAGCACCUCGAAGGCCUCCUCCACCAAGAGCCUGGCGCAACACAGCAGCGAGGAGGACACGGCCAGCUGUUCUAGCCUCAAUGCCGAGCAGAGCUCGACAGGAGCAGGCAUUAUUCAGGUCUACACCGCCUACAACACGGGCCUGGCCAGCGGCACCAGCCUCAAGCUGCACGUGACGCCCAAGACAACCGCCCGCGAGGUCAUCAACCUGGUCGUCAAACAGCUCAACAUGGCCGCCGUGCUGAAGGGCAGCAAGGGACCCAUCUAUAGCGCCGACAUGCUGGACAACUUUUGCCUCGUCGCCGUCAUUGGCGCCCGGGAGCGUUGUCUGCGCGACGACUUCAAGCCGCUCCAGCUGCAGAGUCCCUGGAAGAAGGGCCGCCUCUAUGUGCGGCAAAAGCAUGAGCUGCUGGCGGCCAUCGAGCAUUCCAAUCGCAAAUCCCAUUUGAUUUAAGAGCUGCUGAAAUAGCUCAAUUAGGCUGGACUGCACAGCUAGCAGGGCGGCUAACUAAGUCUCAACUCGUCUUUCCAAUUUGGUUUUUUAUGAGCAGCAAGAGGAACAAACGAAAUCAGGUCGAAUUUGCGUCAGAUUAUGCCGAUGUCUAACGAAUAGAAAAAUAUAUUUCCUGAAUAUAUAUUUCUAAACAAUAAUAACAGUCAUGUCGAUAUAGCCAAGUCCUUCUGUCCAUCUGCUUUUUUCCAAGCAAACCGUUCUCUCUGUUCAAAGGAAUCAAAAUACAAUAUUCCUUAGCUGCCGUAAGGCAUGUUCAAUCGAUUUUAUAUUCUCCGAUAUAAAUCUAUGUAUUUAUCAUGCGCUUCUCAAUUUAAUUUAAGUUUUAUCUUUAACUUUGAUUCAUAAAUUUUUUGAUGCCCAAAAUGUUGCUGAUUCUUUGGCAGACGUGAUGUUUAAAAAAUAUUUAGUUUUAUUCGUACAACCUUUCAAAACACUUUUUUUUGCUUGCUUUCUUCAUUUGAGAACGAGCUAAUAUCGAUUCUAAAACUUCUGAAAGAAACAAAAUUUAUGAACAUUUACCAAUAGAUAUUCCACUGCCCAUUUCCCCACAUUCCAUAACAGAUGUUUUCCUCAAAAUCUUGCAAAGAAUGUGAGAAGAGAAGCUAGAGUUUGAACCUAUAUAAAAGUUUCUCGCUGUAGAAAACCCGGCGCACGAAACAAACUGAGAAGCUGUAAACUGGAACGAGCGACGAUUUGACUUUGAACGUGCAGCCCUGAUAGCUUUAAAAUACCCUAGCAAUCAAAAAUGUACGCUACACACACACACACACCCACGACGCACACUCAUUUAAUUAUUAUUGUUGGCUUCUUGAUUUGGUUUUUGCUUUUCGGGGGGGCUCCACUGUGCCCAGCCAAGUUUGACGACCAAAUUCCCAAAUUAGACUGAAUUAAUUACAUAUGUAUGUUAGAGGAGGACAAAAGAUGAUGUUAUAUAUGAAAUUGUAAUGAAAUGGUAUUAUAUUUUAAAUAGUUAUACACACGCACACACACACACAAACACACACCAUGCGCAUACAUACAUACAUAUGUAUAUACGGCACAUAAAUUAAUUGUUGUUAGUUGUUUUAGAAGCUGGUUAAAGCGUAAGUGCAACAAAUUACACCAAUAUUAAAAUGCAUAUAGAUUAUAUAUAUAUAUAUCUAUGUUUUACAUAAUUAUAUGUAUUUUAUUGUAACAUAUACUAUAUUAUAUAUGUAUGUAUUUUUGUAGUUUAGCAAACAAAAUGUUUUGAUUGUAUUUUUGUGGCAAUUUUUUAGGCGCACGCAUUUUUUAAUAUAUCAAAUCUGAAUGUUGAAACGAACAAGAAAAUUAAUUUAAAAAUUAUAUUAAAAUGUCGGUAUAUAUGAAUAUAUAUAUAUAUGAAUAUAUAAAUGUAUGUAAAUGCAUUUUAAGUGAAAACUCUCUUGAUGUAUGUGUAUUGUAUGUGUUCUCUAUAAAUACAAUUAACAAUUCCAUUCGGAUUAUACAAAAUACUUAAGCAUAGUUUCUAGAUUGUAAAGCUGGCAUAUAGAAUGCGAAAUAUUUUUUAAAAAUAUACUGGCAUUAACUAAAUGUAGAAGAUAUGUAACAAAAUGAAAAGCAACUGAACAAAACAGAGUUAUUGAAAUUGCAUUGUUGUAUUUAUUAAAUGUAGUUUAUGCCGCGAAAUACCCUGUAAAAACGGGUGUGCCGCUUAAAGUUGUUUGCAACUAGUCCAGAAAUGUUUUGUGUUUAGCUAAGUACUUGGUUCUUGUACUAGUAAGUUCUGCAUGCCCCCUAGCUAUACGGCCGAAAUCAGCAUUAUGCAACUACAGUAAGCAUCCCAUAUGACAGAUAAAGUACUUUGUGUGAAUUUCAAAUAAGUGCGCUAUCUAAAUAUGCAAAGUGUUAAAUGUCUAUAACUAUAGUUAUAUGCAUAGUUACACUCCGUUAUUCUAUAUGUGUAUGUGUAAAUUAGCUGAAAGUUCUUCAGAUCUAUGUGUUAACUGUAAGCUAAAAUCUCUUCAAGUUUCUACCCUGACCUAUUCAAAAUGUUGUAGCUAGAGGAGUUCCGUACCGUAAAACAAACAACAGAUGGCAAAACUUAAGAGAAUUUAUUAUAAACCAAGAGUCCAUUAUAUUAAAUUAUGAAUCAUUUAAGAUGAGACUACGAUACGACCAACACAGCAAAUGUAUUGUGUACAAAUUUUUUGUAAAUAUUUAUUCAACAUUUUUUGAUAAAGUUUUUUAUCCUGGAUUAACCAAUCCCAAGGCACGAGGAACAGCAACGAACCUAGCUAGGAAUUAGCUUAAGCCACGAUCCCAAUCCCGAAUCCCAAAUACAGAGCUCAGUUCGGAUCUGACAUAAAUGAUUUAAAACAACGAAUUGAUUCGCAUUGAAUUGUGUUAGUUUAAUUAGUUGUAUUUGUUAUUUAGUGCGAAGAAUAAAACAAAAAUUAUUGUCAAAAAGAAAACAAAAUAACCGCCGUCCGUUCCCCAAAGAGAUCGUUUACAAGGUAUUAUUAUUAUUUUUCCAUUCGCAAUAUGAUGAGAAAUACAGUUUAUGACGCAAUCUAAUUGUAACUAAUCAAUUAAGGUGUUAAAGGUCGAAUACAAGUAAACUCUAUGGCACACAUGCAUACAUAUAUACAUAUACACAGUACAUCAUUAUAAUGUAUGAUAAAUGUUUAUUAGAAUAGCUGAAAUGUCUUUAGACUUCAAAAGGCGCAUAGUGCAAAUGCAUAUGUUGGCAAAAGUUCUUAUCAUAUGUAACUCCAUAAGUGAACUGCAUGUUAUUCUACUAAAAAGCCAAAAAAAAGAAAAAAAAAGCAAAAAAACAAAUCCUUAAAGAUUCCGUGUGUAUUUUUGGUGUCUGUUAACUAUGUACAAUUAAAAUGAAGAAACAGCCAUUAUAAAUAAUAUUUAAAAACUGUACUAAGGAAACACAAAAGAUGAUUUACUUGAGAGAUAUAUUAAAGAUCGCUAACGAAAUGUGAGUACAGAAGAAUAA